AGAAGAUGAAUAGCGUUGAAGCACAAGAAAGAUCUGCAGAAUUUCUAGACAUGGCCAGAUCUUUGUUUUGGUUUGAGCGUUUGCUUCUCUCCGUGAUGCUUCUCUUCUCCUCCAAUGGAGUCUCAUUAUUUAUCGGUCCUCUCCUUUUCUCCACUACCUUUUGCGCAUUACUCUUACACUGGUUAUGCCGUAAAAACUCUUCUGCAGACCGCUCUGGUGUUACUACUAGCCGAAUCUGGCUGUUUCUGUCCGACCGGUUCGUGUUUCUGGCGGCUCUAGGCGAUUAUAAGGCCGUCUGGCUUUUCCGUCUCACCGUUAUUAUCGCCGUCGCGGUUCACUAUGUUUACAUCAUCCAGUACCUUGAUAUAUCUUAUAAAACCCAUCUCGCCGAACUGAGAUGGAUUGAUGAUGACUCUAGUGAGGAAGGAGAUGUGAGCAAGGAACUGGAAAAGACGAGGGAGUUAUUAGAAGAUUUGAAAGAGCAUGGAAAGAAGAUCGAUACAGAAAUGGAGUUUAUAGACCACCUUAUCAAUCCAGAUCUUGAAACACAUAGAAGAAACUUGUCCGUAAAACUCUUAGAGUUACGUAAAGAGAUGAGAGAUGUUGGAGGAAAGAUAAGAACAUAUAAGGAGUUGAUGAGCAUUUUUGUCAACUCAGAACUUAUUUUAAGAUCUAAGGUCGAAGAGGAUAUAAAAGCUUCGAGAGAAGUUGCAUCUCUAGCCGACCAAGUUCAUGAAGCCUACUUUGUGAUCCAAGAAACUGCCAAAGCGGCGAAAACAACAUCUGACAGAGCUUAUCUAACCUACUUAUGUGCGCAAGAAAUCUCUGCACAAAUUCAAAACAAGAGAUGGAUGAUAAGAUUAGAUAUUGAGGGGUUGCCAGUGCUUAGAGAGGAAGUGAGGCGAAUGUCGUUGCAAUUUGCUGCUAGAAGAAUGGAGGCGAAGGUUGCUGCCGACAGAGCCGCCGAGGAGCUUUCAAAUGCAAGGGUGAAGCUGAUGGAGACGGUCGGGAUCCAACAGUGGGAGGAGUACAAAAUCAACUAAGUCUUGCAUUAUAUUUAAGUGAUAAGUAAUAUUUCUCUUUAUUAUGUUACCAGAGGAAUUCCAUUUUCAACCGGUGUUGGGUCAUAGUUUA